UAAAAACCGAGCCUAACCUGUUUUGUGGUGCUUGUGAGAAGAGUAGGAGGCCGAGAUGUCGGAGCGAAAAGUUUUAAACAAAUACUACCCACCAGAUUUUGACCCCUCGAAGAUCCCCAAGCUCAAGCUCCCCAAAGACCGGCAGUAUGUGGUACGGCUGAUGGCCCCCUUCAACAUGAGGUGUAAGACAUGCGGAGAGUACAUCUACAAGGGUAAGAAGUUCAACGCGCGCAAAGAGACGGUGCAGAAUGAGGUCUACCUGGGCCUGCCCAUCUUCCGCUUCUACAUCAAGUGUACGCGCUGCCUGGCGGAAAUCACCUUCAAGACAGACCCCGAAAACACGGACUACACGAUGGAGCACGGGGCCACGCGGAACUUCCAGGCUGAGAAGCUCCUGGAGGAGGAGGAGAAGAGGGUACAGAAGGAGCGGGAGGAUGAGGAGCUGAACAACCCCAUGAAGGUGCUGGAGAACCGCACCAAGGACUCCAAGCUGGAGAUGGAGGUGCUGGAGAACCUGCAGGAGCUCAAGGACCUGAACCAGCGGCAGGCCCACGUGGACUUCGAGGCCAUGCUGCGGCAGCACCGGCUGUCUGAGGAGGAGCGGCAGCAGCAGGAGCAGGAGGAGGACGAGAGGGAGACAGCGGCCUUGGUGGAGGAAGCCAGGAACCAGCGACUGCUUGAGGACUCUGACUCAGAGGACGACACUGCUCCUGCCCCAUCUCGGCCGGCCACCCGGCCCAACCCCACUGACAUCCUGGAGGAGGCCCCAAAGGCCAAAAGAAAGGUGGAGAGCUGGGAGCGAAGUAUUGGCACCCUUGGCAACAGGACCCAGCUGUCCGGCCUGGUGGUGGUACGGAAGACAGAUCUGGACCGUGGCAGCCAGCCGGGCCAGAAGGCGCCUGGCCCAGCCCCCCCACACAACCGUUGGAAGGCGGCUGACCCUGUGCCCCGGGUGCCUGGUGCCUCCUCCCUGAGCCAGCUGGGCGCGUACUCCGACAGUGAGGACAGCAGCGGCAGCAACUGA